AUGACCCCAGCCACGGCGGUUGCCGUCGCGUCGGAGGCGCCCGCGCCGGCUCCGGUCAUCGCGGGCCUCGCGGCGUCGUCCACCGGGACCGGGACCGCCGCGGCGGGCGCGAAGGUGGCGACCGAGUCGGGCGGCGGCGGGGCGGAGCGCCGGUCCCGCUUCCGGCGGAUCUGUGUCUACUUCGGCAGCGCCAAGGGGAAGAAGCCAGCUACCAGGACGCGGCCAUCCAACUCGGCAACCAGCUGGAUCAUUCCAAAAUCACUGAUGCCCAGAGAGGUAACUGGAGAACCUGUUGGCGAAGUUAGAGCCGUUUCUGGCAUGCACGAGAGGAAGGCUGAAAUGGCUCGGUUUGCCGAUGCUUUUGUUGCCUUACCAGGUGGCUAUGGAACUCUGGAGGAGUUGCUUGAGAUCAUUACUUGGGUACAACUUGGGAUCCACAAGAAGCCGGUUGGCCUUUUGAACGUUGACGGAUUCUAUGACCCUCUUCUGUCUUUCAUCGACUUGGCUGUCAACGAAGGUUUCAUCACGGAGGCAGCGAGGCACAUCAUCAUCUCAGCCCCAACAGCUAAGGAGCUAGUUAUGAAGUUGGAGGACUAUGUCCCGGAGUAUGACAUCGGCUUGGUCUGGGAGGAGCAGAAAGCCCAACAGCUUGGUCCCUGA